CAGGUCUAUCUUGAGUGAUCGGUUCACGUCAUCCAAUCAUCGCUGCUCCAGGUGAUGACGUGCACCUUUACAAGAAUGUUCAUGAAAACCUGGACAUGAAGACCACCUGGAUGGUUAUGGUUCAUUUCGGGAACUUCUUGCCUGGCUUUACCUUAUUUCCAUUCUGGACUCUCACUGUAUGUUUGGUAUGUACGGUGGGCUUGACGCCCGUUCUAGGUCAGCCUCAGUUGAUCGGUUCAUCUCGGCCAAUCGUGGUCGUUCUGGGUGAUGACAUCAUCCUGCCGUGUCGUUUGGAGCCUCUGCUGAACCUGGAGGACCUGACAGUGGAGUGGUGGCGUCCCGACCUCCCGCCUGACCCUGGAGAUCCACUGAGUCCGUACAAGUAUGUUCACCGUUACCAUGACAACCAAGAUGUAGAGGAAAUGAAGAUGUCGUCAUACGCUGGGAGGACGACGCUGUUCAAAGACGAGCUGAAACACGGAAACGCUUCACUCAAGAUCCUCAACGUGAAGCUCUCCGACCAAGGAAGCUACAGAUGUGUUAUCCCACAGCUGGGGAGGGCUACGAUUAUUAGGAUUGUUGUUGAUCUAAACUCGACAACUGAGGCUCCGCUGUUUCCCACAAAUGUCAAAACUCCAGAUCGAAAGGAGGAGACGGAUGUUCAAGGAGCUCGAUCCCAUCAGGGCGUUUGGAUCCCAGCUGUGGUUUUCUGUGUCUUACUUGUCCUGGUAGUUUGUGGUGGUGUCGAUUGUGAUUAAACACAAGCCUCAAAAACUAAAUGUGAGUCAGAAGGAAACCAAACAACUUGUCCCUCCAGCUUCCACAGUAUGUAUGUAGUAACCCCAGACCAGCCACUUCCAGUCUAGGUGCCUUGCUGAGGAUCUCGUUGGUAUUUGAUGUUAACGGAGAUGAGACCGUUCUACACGUUCCUCUCUUGGAUCUGUCUCAUCAGUUUGGGGAUUCAGAGCAGCAGAACCUCCAGCCACAAGUGGACCCACUGGAUCAGCAGGAGGAAACUGAGUAGACUCUCCCCAGAAAAGGCUUUGCGUGUGGCAUCAACCUCAGCUGUGUGGAGUACUCCAGCACAUCUUUAUUUUGAGCUCAGCUUCAUCAGUGAGGAUAAGGAGGCUGAGAAAAGGGAGGUAGUGGACUCCUACAUUGAGGGGUGCAGUCUGAACCACAUGCAGAAGGUAAGAUGAAGGAGUUGUUGGUGGACUUCAGUAGACGGAAAACAUCCCUAAUCCCUCUACCUGUUUCCACCCAUGCGGUGGAUGUGGACACUCUGCAGGACUACAAGUACCACAAUGCACCACAGAUUGACAGGAACUAAUCCCUUCUUACCAUAGACUGUAGGCCUAUAUAAGAAUUGGACGUAGUCAUCGUGACUUCACUCAUUGGGUUGUCGACUACCGUUUUGAAGCCUUGAGUUUGGCCGAUAGGGUGCUGCCAUGUUGAGUUCUUGCAACCAGCAGCAGCGGACGGCUCUGUUUGGAGCUAGCUAGCUUGCAUAUAGCUGCAUCUGUAAUUCACGCUAACUGUCAUUUUAACAGGGAUGACAAUUUUGUCUAGUGAACAACGGACUUAAAACAAAUGUACUCACCAGAGAAAGUGAACAACUCUUAAUCUUUAUCAACAGCGCUGGUUGUAAAUCUGGUUCCCGCUUGCUUCUUACAUUCAUUUCAACUCGGACAUAAUGAAAAAGGGGACAUUAUGUAAAUAUCAAGAACAUAAUAACUUGAAUGUUAUUGAUCUUUUUUUUUUUAAAUGUAUACUUAAAUAAUAAAUAAUAAAAAACUAAAAUUAUUGUGAAAUUG